UUAAUUAGAGAUAAAGAAGCAUGAAUUCCAAAUUAAUUGUUUUUAUCACGUUUCUAGUGAAAUUUUCGCUCAGUGCCAAUGUUUUGAUACUUUCUGGUGUUCCUGCUCCCAGUCACUCUUUAUGGUUCAAACAUUUGGCACAUUCUCUGGCGCUCAAAGGACACAACGUUACGGUCCUAUGUCCCGACAUAGAAAGAAAACCACCGACGAAUGUGUCCUACAUCCAUCUUGAGAACUUGUACUCUGCAUUCUACAAUUCAUCUCAACCUAAUCUACCAUAUUUCUUCCAUCUGCAUGAGUUGAACCCUCUUGUUGUUCUGGAGCAAGUGAACGAAUUUUCUAUCAAAUGUUGCAAGCUGAGUUUGAUUUCGGAAGGAUUCCAUCAGUUACUAAACUAUCCCAAGGAUUACAAGUUCGACGUCGUAAUAGCCGAUUACAUGAAUGGGGGUUGUGUCGCUACAGCCAUAAUGCACAGAUUCCGGAAUCCACCGCUUGUUCCGGCAGUUCCCUACAACACCUUAUCAACUUCGACGCCACUGAUCGGAUCCUUCGUUUACUCUUCAAUGGUACCAAAUUACGUGUUCGAUGUUACCCAGGAAAUGUCUUUUUGGCAAAGAGCGAAAAAUUUUGUCUACGAUUCGUACGACUUAUACCUAAAAAUGAACUACGUCAAUCCUCAGCUGGAUGUUCAUUUGAGAAAAUUGUUCCCAAGAGCGCCCAGCACGAAAGAGCUGUCCAAGCAUGUGAAACUUUUACUGAUCAAUGCAAAUCAUCUCAUCGAAUACCAAGAACCGAUGAUGCCAAGUGUGGUUCCGGUUGGUGGAAUGCAUAUCAAGAAACCAGAUCCCCUUCCUGCAGACCUUCAACAAAUAGUUUCCAACGCAACAAACGGAUUUGUUCUAUUCAGUCUGGGAUCCAACGCCAGAAGUGAGCACUUAGGCCAAGAACGGAUCCGCGCCAUUCUUGUCGCCAUGAAGUCCUUCCCAAAGGUACAAUUCAUAUGGAAGUUUGAAUCCGAUGAAUCAUCGUUACCUAUCCCGCUUCCGGAAAAUGUAUUCAUUAGACCAUGGCUUCCGCAACAAGACCUCCUGGCUCAAUCAAACGCUAGACUGUUCAUCACCCAUAGUGGUCUACUCAGUAUUCAAGAAGCCAUUUGGUACGGAGUUCCGAUCAUAGGAAUUCCUCUGUUUACCGAUCAGUUCCGCAACAUAAACUAUUGCGAAUCAGCUGGAAUAGCGAAAAGGUUAUCUGUUCCAGAUUUGACAAACUCGACUAAAUUUGUCGAAACAAUGCGAGAAACGCUCGAAGUCCCAAGUUAUCUAAACAAAAUGAAACGAUUAUCGAGGAUGUUCCGCGAUCAACCUGAACAUCCAAUGGAUCGAGCUGUUUGGUGGGUAGAGUGGGUCAUCCGGAAUCCCGACGCGAAACUUCAGUCGAAGGCAACCACCAUGGGUUGGCUGCAGAAGUAUCAAUAUGAUGUUCUUUUAAGUUUUAUCCUAGCUUUAGUUGUAGUUUUGUUUGUAAUUGUAGUAAGUAUUCACAGGAUCUACCGAAGUUGUGACCAAGUGUUACAUAAACAAAAAGUUGAUUAG